AUUUUCUCUUUUUCCUUACUGCUUUACAAUAAAAGCGUAUAUUUCCAGUGAUGCCUGCGCAAUCAAUAAAUCAGAAAAAUGAUUUAUACCUCGAAAAAAUGGAAUUAAUCGACAAAUUCAUCACCCUUCACGAUCAACUUCGAAAAGACUUGAACUUGGCAAGUUUGUGUAUUUCUAAAGCAAAAACAACGCACGGAAUUGGUCUUUUCAGUGUUAAUUCUGUCGAUACACACGAUUUGGAGCCAUCUAUCAGAUUGGAUACGAAAAACGGGAAAUUUGUACUUCUCAAAAAUUCAGAGAAUGAGGAAGAGAAAAACGACAAAAAGAAUAAGAAAAAGAAGGACGAGAAUAAAUCAGAAAAGAAGAAUAGCGGAGAAUCAGAAGACGUUGAAGAAGCCAAAAAAACAUUUUCUGGACAAUUCCGUCCGUUUGGGGUUCUUGAGCCGGCUGCUGCAAAGGACGCUCGAAAAAUUUAUAGAAAUUCUAUUCAGACGAUUCUCGACCUUGUAUCCACCCAACAAUCAAUUCUUGCCAAAUCCCGCCAACUUGUUGAGGAUUGUUAAAUUGCAUGAUUCUGUGAUAAAUAUGUAUUCAAUCAAUAUAAAAACAAAACUCUCGA